CCAGUGGUAUUUAGAAGGGUUUUUUUUUUUUUUUUUGUGUGUGUGUGUGUGUUGGGGGGGUGAGGUUGUGUCUGCUGUGAUAAGCCCGAAGUGUUGGGUUCUCUGAAUUCUGGGCCUUGUGGUGGGGACCACUGUGCCAGACCCAGUCCACUGCCCUCUUACCUGCCUGCCUCCUGCUCCUGUUCUAUUCCCCCCCUACUAAGAGGAACUCAGCUUGAAAGCCAGUGGAAGGUGGAAGCCGAGCACAAGUCUCUGACUGACAAGUGAUAUGUGCGACCUUGUUGUCACACACUGAGAGCAUAAGCACUUGUUUUUUUCUCUUCUGGUGUCACAAACUGUAUGCAGCCCUGUUUAGCUGAAUGAUACAUGCUAGCCUUAGGUACUGAUCGUCAUCGAUUGGUUAAGAGUUCAAACCCUGGUUCAUCACGCAAUAAAGUUUAAGGCUGUGUUUCAAUCCGGCUCCAGAGGCAAUCUCCAGUUGCUGCUGUAGCUCUACUGGUUGUGUUCGGGUUUCGGUAGACGGCGGCGGCGAUGUUGUUCUGCUGAAGUAUUGUUAUUAGUCCAUCAGCUAUGGCUUAAGUCUGAUCAGGUGUUGUUUUUCCUAGGCUCGGCAGAUCAACGUAUGCCUUUGCUGGUUCGAACCCGGCUUCUGUGUUGUGACUCUGAGGGUUUCUUUUCCCCUUUGCUGGUUCGAACUCGCCUUCUUUUGUAUUGUGACUCCGGCGUUUCCUUUCCCCUAGAGUCUUGUGCCAUCCACUUUUUUCUGCUCUCCCACUCCCAAUCAAGCCUUCCCGUCUUCAUUUGUCCUGCAUUUGUGCACCGGGGUGUUUUAACCCGGUUGUCCUGCAUUUGCGCACCAGGGUUCAAACCCGGGUGAUCUGCUUUUGCACACCAGGGACCAGGGUUCGAUCCCGGGGUUGUCCUGCAUUGGUGCGCACCAGGGUUCAAACCCGGGUGAUCUGCUUUUGCACACCAGGGGGUUCGAACCCGGGGUUGUCCUGCAGUGGUGCGCACCAGGGUUCCAACCCAGUGUCCUGCCUGCAUUUGGGCACGCACCAGGGUUCCAACCCGGUUGUCCUGGAUUUGCGCGCCAGGGGGUUCAAACACGGGGGUGUUCCUCAUUUGCGUCCCAGGGGGUUCGAACCCGGGGUUGUCCUGCAUUGGUGCGCAGCAGGGUUCGAACCCAGUGUCCUUCCUGAAUUUGCGCACCAGGGUUCGAACCCGGGGUUGUCCUGGAUUUUCGCGCCAGGGGGUUCAAACUCGGGGGUUGUUCCUCAUUUGCGUGCCAGGGGGUUCGAACCCGGGGUUGUCCUGCAUUGGUGCGCGCACCAGGGUUCUCAAAUGAUGUGUUCGCAGUAUUGUUUGUCAGACUUGCAGCAGUUGACAUCGGUCAGAUGUUCUGCGCGUCUUCUAGGGAACAAGGGUGCAGAGAGUGAUGCUGGCUGCUCGGGGUUAUGCUUAUCCUUUCGAUGUGCUGCUUGGAAUGUGACUUCGUCGAAGAGGUCCGAGUGUUGCGUUCCUGCCGCGGUCCAUGCAGAUAGAGUCAGACACAGCUUGUCGUCUUCGACUUUCUUGGAACAAAGGUGGAGAAGACAGUCCACGAGCAUAGAACUGAAUCGGCGGCGUGUUACACUCCCUACUCACCAAGGGAGGGCUCCGCCUUCUGCUCGUAAGAACGGUGUUCGGGCCCAAAGUACUGCGGUGAACCAGACAGAGACGGUCGGAAUGGGUCUGAGAACUUAUCAGCUGACAGAUCUGUCGUCAUCUGAGCUUCAGCGCUUGCUAGCGAGGCCAAGGAUAAACUUUGAUGCUAUCUUUGGGAGCGUGCUGCCGAUCGUGGAGGAUGUGCGGGCAAGGGGAGACAGCGCUGUCCAGGACUUCACGGAGAAGUUCGAUGGGGUGCGGCUCGAGCAAAUUGUCGAGCGGAUAGACGAUAUAGAAGAUCCAGAGCUGGAUGCAGACGUGGCAGCCGCAUUUGAUGUGGCAUUUGAAAACAUCAAAAGAUUUCACACUGCGCAAAAGAAGACGCAGCCGCUAGAAGUGGAGACGAUGCCGGGAGUGGUCUGCAAGCGAGUGACUCGGCCGAUCGAGUCUGUUGGCCUCUACAUUCCCGGCGGGACAGCGGUGCUGCCUUCCACAGCCUUGAUGCUGGCCGUUCCGGCUGGAAUAGCCGGUUGUCGGACAAUCGUCGUUGCCACGCCGCCUCGGAAAGAUGGCUCGAUUGCUCCGGAAGUUCUGUACUGUGCGAAGAAAGCCGGGGCGACUCAUGUACUCAAGGCCGGCGGCGCCCAGGCCGUUGCGGCGAUGGCCUGGGGAACUGCCACGUGUCCAAAGGUGGACAAGAUUCUAGGCCCUGGAAAUCAGUACGUAACUGCUGCAAAAAUGGCUCUGCAGAACAGCGAGGCAAUGGUGUCAAUCGACAUGCCUGCGGGCCCGUCGGAGGUUCUUGUUAUUGCAGACAAAGGCGCAAGUCAUGUGCAUGUGGCGUCCGACCUGCUGUCUCAGGCUGAGCACGGGCCAGACAGUCAGGUUGUGCUUGUUGUGGUCGGGAAGGAUGUUGACGUCGCCGGCAUCGAACAAGAGGUUAUCAAACAAUGCGAGGCCCUGCCCAGGGCUGAGAUUGCAGCAAAGGCGCUCAGCCAUAGCUAUUGUGUCGUCGCGGAUAGUAUGGAAGAGGCCUGUAAAUUCUCUAAUAUGUAUGCGCCGGAGCAUUUGAUCGUCAACACAGAUGACGCAGAGGAGUGGCUCCCGCAUCUGGACAAUGCGGGCUCAGUGUUCCUGGGGAGAUGGACACCAGAAAGUGUGGGAGAUUACGCGAGCGGGACGAACCACGUUCUUCCCACUUACGGGUACGCACGAAUGUAUGGUGGGGUGUCACUGGACUCGUUCGUCAAAUACAUGACCGUCCAGAUGUUAUCUCAGGAUGGAUUGAAAGCCUUGGGUCCUUCCGUCGCCAAAAUGGCAGAGGUGGAAGGCCUUAGUGCACACCAGCGAGCAGUCACGCUGAGGCUUGCAAGCAUUGCAAGCGUCGCAUCGAAAUAAUCGAACGGAAAAAGAGCCAACCGUCUCAACCAUUACCACCUGACUGAUUGAUUGCGUGAUUGAAUUGAUUGAUUGAUUGAUUGAAUUGGAAGAUUUCUGGUGUGCAAUGGCUGACGUGCUCUGCAACAAGGUAAGGUGACAAGUCCUUUGAAGUUGGUAGUGACGUGGUGUUGGUUUAGAUUCUGCACUUGUCGACAGUAGCGUCCAGAUUCAGGCUCAAAAUUCUCUGAGUUAGCGGUGGUUCUCUGUUGCUUUGAGUAAGUACUAAGAAUAACUUCAGACGGAAGCUUCGAUCGAUCAGGUAAUAUUCUUUUCUUUUUUUGUUUUCAUAUUGAUGUUGAUCAGAGACCGAAUAUAUUAGAAACGUUUUUUAAUGAACGUAAAUGCAUCCUUUUCCUGUUUUGGAAAUGGCAGGUCACUCAGCACACAGUUGCAGCCCCUCCUGCUCCCCUGAAAUCUAUAGGUUGUUGGUUUAGGAAGUUAGCAGUCGGCGUCCCUAUGAGUUUGGUAUUGUCUGGAUUUACUCAUCAACCCACCUCCUCUCGGCAUCGAGGGUCGGUCAUCUUCGGACUGGAGCGCUUGACUAACUGACUGCCCCUGAUCCUGUAAGUCAACCAACUUAUUAUAGAUUUUUUAUUUUUUUAUUUUUUUUAUUUUUUUAGAUUCAUUUUUAACACUGAGUAAGACCGUAACUUAAUUAUUGGUCAUAAGGUCCUCUAAGGUGAAGUUCUGGCUAGCUAGGUUCACGUUGAGUUAAACUUGGUGUGGCUUAUACGCUCGGAAUGCAUGCAUCUGGCUUGAAGGUGCGUCGGAAUGCAUGCAUCUGGCUUGAAGGUGCGUCGGAAUGCAUCCAUCUGGCUUGAAGGUGCGUCGGAAUGCAUGCAGCUGGCUUGAGUAGGUGGAUGAAUCUGGACACAAUAUUGGUCAAGGCAGUCUGACCAGCCGCUUUGGGGUGGUUAACUUGCAGGUCGCAGAAAUGCCAUGAAGGUUUAGACUCCUUGUUGCUUUAAACCGCUUGUACACGGCCCCAGUUAACUUGCAGGUUGCAGAAAUCCAAUUUAUCAACGCAGUUGCAGUCCAAAACUUGUGGCCACGAGAACACGAGGCCGGAACGACAUCGAACGCUGAGCCUGCCAUUGAUAAAUUGGAUCGGCGGUG